AUGAGUGACAAUCAUAAGGAAGUGCAAGAGCUGACGUCUGGAGAUGACGACCAAACUAAUCCACAGCAACAAACAAAUGAAACAGAAGAAAAGGUUGAAGGAGAUGUGACUACUGUAGACGAAAGAGAGGACAGAGAUGUUUCCGGAGAAAUAGACGAGGGAACUAACUUUGGCAAUUUGGGGGCCGGCGGGUAUUCAGAGUUUGAUACAAGAAACAUGGAGUGGGGGCCGCUUGACCAGGAAGACGGCGAUAUUCCGCAGGUAAACCUAACUAACGAGAAUCAAGAAAAUGAGACUCCAUUGGUUCCUGGAUUGGAGUUGGAACAACAAGACCAGCAGCAAGGAAAUCAGAACCAAGAAAGUCAGCAGACUCAGGAUCAGCCACAAGAAAACCAAGAGCAGCAAGAUUACGACCAAAAAGAUUCUAGUCUACAACAAGAACAGCACCAAGACUAUCAGGACCAGGACCAAGAGAAUGAGGACGAUAUAAAUACCUCGAUUUUACACCCACCCCAACCUAAUCAGAGCUUCACCACCCCGCUGAAAUCAUUGCCACCUUUGAAAGAUAUCGAACCGAUAACAACUCCAAAAGCCUUCAGUGUUGCAAAAGAUACGGAUGCUGAUGUCCCAAACGUAUCGAGUUCUCCGCUUAUUACCACAAAGAAUACACAGAUGGAUUUAGUUCAAAAUGGCGACAAUCAUCCAAAUUCCAACGACAAAUAUCAAGGGGACGAUUACGAUACGGAAAAAUCUGUCGCUUGUGCAUUCUUGGGAGUUAGUCAACAGGAUUUGAAUUCGUUUAGUGUAGAUGUAAUUAACAAGUUGCAUAAAAGAUCCAUGGAACUCCAAGGGUUGAAAUCAGAUAAUGAGUUCUUAAAGAUAAACCAAGAACAAGCCAUACUGAUACAAAAUAAGAAGUCUAAAUUGUUGAAUCUGAAACUAAGUAAACUAGAUAAACUGAAUACGGAAUUGAGGCAAGAACGAGAUGCAUUAUCUAAUGAAAAAGAAAUACAUAUUAAAACUAUCGGUGAAUUAAAGGAUGAAAAUUCAACGAUAAUCAAUAAAUUGUCCCAAAUUGAACAUCAAUCGAAAAAGUAUGAUUCGAAGUAUUCAGAACAAAUUGGUGAAAGAGAUCAAGAAAUUUUAAAGUUGAAUGAUUCGCUAAAUAAAUUAACUAAAACAAACAUAGAACAGAACCAAAAGAUAAAUGAGAUUAUUAAGGAGCUUAACGAUACCAGAAAUGAAAAAUUCACCUUGAAACUAGAAAAUAGUAAGAUAUCCAAUGAAAUAUCGUACAUUAAGAAUCAGAGAAUGUGGUAUGAAGAAGAAUUAAAAUCUGUUCAGCAAAGAUUCACUGAUUUAAUUAAAAAACAUGAAUCAGAGUUUUUAAUGAGGUCUAAUAAGUUGUCUAGUUUGGCGACUAAAAACGAAGCUUUAGAGCGUUUGAAUAAAUCACAGGCCGACCAUAUUAAUGGAUUGCAAUAUGAUUUAGAGAAAGAAAUUUCAAAGGCAUCGUCCUUAGAUUCCAAAUUUGAAAUUGAAAAAAUCAAGCUAGGUAAAGAGUUGAAGAAUAAGGAAGAGUUAUUAGAACUAACACAAGUUCAAUCAUCUCAGAGAAAUGAAAGAAUAGAACAGCUAGAAUCAUACAUUGAAGAAAUAAAGAAUAGGUUAGGUGAAUCUAUUAAUUUGUUGGAAGCUGAUUUAUCUAAGAAGAAUGAAACUAUCAUUGUUUUAGAAGAGAAGUUAAGAAGAACCGAAGAAGUUUUAGACAAAGAAUUGCACAAGGAAACUGAUUUACCGAAAUUAUCUGUAUCCGCAGAAAUGAUUGCAUCGACAAAAACAGAUGGCAUAUCUUUAUCGUCGUUGUAUUCAGAAUACAACCAUUUGAAAAAACAAUUAGUAUUGGAACGAUCGCAGAAAGAAAGAUUAGCCAACCAAUUAGAAUCAUUUGUAGCAGAAUUGGAGUCUAAAAAACCUACAAUUGCAAAUUAUUCUGAUCAGAUCAAGUUUUAUGAGAACUCACUUCAGGAAAUGAUAAGUAAAGUUGAAUCAAUCAGACUAGAAAAAUUAGAAGGAGAGAAAGAGUAUAAUAAAUUGAAAUCAAGACUUUCUGAAUACAAUAAUGAUUUAGUGUCGAUGAAAAAGUUAUGCAGAGAUUUAGGAAAACAAUUAUGUUAUUAUCUUAUACAUUCAAAGAUCAGGGAUAGUAACGAAGAUCCACUUACCUUGACAGAGAGAAAAGCUAUUGAAAAUAUUUUAGAAAGAAGUGGUAAUAAUGACAGUGUAAAAGAAAGCGAUACUGAUCAAUUGAUUUCUGAUAGGUUGGUGGGUUUUACGAACAUUAUAGAACUUCAACAGAAGAAUGAAGGUCUUCUCACUGUUGUAAGACAAUUAGGUAAGAAACUAGAAAACAACGAUGAUGAGUUCAACGGUGGUUUAGAAUCUGCGGCAAUUGAUGAAGCGAAAGAUGCAAUCUUAACGUUAGAGAAUGAACUUGAUAGUGUUCAUGUUAAAUUAGAAACCGUAUCCAAAGAAAGAGAUGUGCUCAAAUCAAUGGUUGAUUCUACUAAGAAUGGGUCGAGGGGCGAAUUUAAAUUUUUGACUGAGGCUAAUAGUGAUCUCAAAUCUAAAUUAAAUGAAACUGAGAAGGUAUUGAAAGAGCUACAAUUGCAAUCAACUAUUUCACUCAAAGAUUUUAACGAGAAGUUGAGAGCCGUUACUAGUAGCAAGAACGAAUUAACCCUAAAUUUGUCCUCGAUUAAGCAUUCGGCAGAAUUGGCUGAAGCAAGAUUUUCGAAUGCACAUAAAUCUUUAGAAAAUGCUCGGGAGGAAAUCAAUCAAUACAAAAAGGACAUUGAAUUCUGGAAGAAUCAAACAUCGAAGCAAGAAUCUUCACUUAUUUGUAAAUCUAAUGAAUUAAAAGAUGUUGAGAAUACUCUAAAUGAAGAGCGAAUUACUAUCAACAAUUUGAAGACCGAAAGAGAAAUAUGGAACCUGUAUCAAAAAACAAUGAAUGAUGAUAUUGUGCAACUUAGAUCUGACAAGUCUCACCUUAAUGAGUUCGUUGUAAAUUUACAAUCAUUAUUAAAGGAAAGGGAAUCAUCAAGUAAGGAAUUGUCCAUGAGGCUUACACAAUCAAUUGAAAACUAUCAAGCUUUACAAGACAGACUUUCUGAAAAAGAAGAAAGAAUUUCGAUUUUAUCGAAUCAAUCAGAAUUAGCAUUAAGAGCGCAGAAUUCCAAGUUGGAACAGAUUAACGAGCUUAACCUGUUAGUGCGAGAUUAUAAGAGCAGAAUAGCUGAAAAGAAUUCCUUGGUUGAGAUUUUAAGUCAAAAAGUCCAAGAAUUACAGGAUUCACAGUCCAUAUCAAGUACCCUUGAGGGAUUCAAAAAUUCGCCUGUUGAAAUUGAUAAACCUAAUCAAUUAAGUCAAAAUUAUGAAAGAGAAUUGGAGAGGGCUCGGGAUGAUUUACGUAUAGCUGAGAGUCAAGUCUCUGAAUUUUCGGAUUUAGCUAAAGCCGCUGAGCUUGCUUUAACCAACUCGACUAAUACAUUUGAAAAUUAUAAAACUGAGAGUGAAAGUAAACUUGAUGGCCUAUUGAAAGAGAAGAAAUCAUUGAAGUCAGAAUUGAGGGAUUUGUCUGAUUUGUUCGAUCAAUCUAAGCAAGAAGCAAUUGAUAUUGAAAAGAAAUAUAGUAACGAAGUCGAACAACUUAAAUUGAAGAUCGACGAAUCAAUAAUGAAGGCUAAUGCGUAUGACGAUUUGAAAAAGGAUUAUGAACUGAAAUUUGAAUCUGUGACGAAAGACAUGGAGAGCCAAUCAAAGAUCUCUGAUGAAAAUCAAAAGAAAUAUCAUGAAGAAUUACAGAGGAAUACUGAGUUAACAAAUGAGAUGGAUAAGUUGAAGAGCCAAUGUAAUAAUCUUGAAACAAGCAUUGGCCAAUUAACAACCAAAUUGAAUUCGACAAAACUUCUCUUAGAUAAGAAAGAUGAAUCAGUAGAAGAAGAAAAGCAAAAUAUUCAAGACGAGCUUGUUUCAUCUAGAAUUAAAGUGAAGGAUUUGCAGGAUCAAAAUAAUGUCUUAUUAAAUCAGUUGGAAUUAUCGAAAUUGGCUUACACUUCGGACGUAUCAGAAGCAUCUUCUAAGGAUGACUUGAGAGAAGUAGUCUCAUAUUUACGCCGUGAGAAGGAUUCAGCAGAAGCAAAAUUGACAUCUUAUUCUGAGGACCAACGAAGACUAGAACAACGUUUGAAUCAAGUUACUACAGAAUUGGAAGCAACAAAAUCUGAAUUAUCUAAAUCACAGUCCAAUAUAAAUGUAACUGAUGGAAAUAAUAAAGAGCAUGAUCGUUUAUUAGAUCAAUUACAGCAAUUGAAUAUUUUACGAGAAAGUAACACCACAUUGCGUAAUGAAAAUUCUGUUAAUAUCCAACGUAUUUCCGAUCUAGAAAGUGAAUUGCAAUCUGUGACAUCAAAGUUUGAACAAUUAGAAAAGAAGGUUUCCGAGCUAUCAAUGCAAAAUGAAGUAAAAGAACAAACAAUAAGGUUAAUUAAGGAAGAAAAUGAAAAUAAUAGGAUGCAGCUAGAAUCUAAUGGGGGCCGUGACGUUGCAGAAUCUGACUUAGAAGAUAUUAAGGCUAUGAAGCAAAGGUUUGCAAAUCUCAAAAAUGAAUUCCAAAAUAAAUUACUGGCUCAUAGAAGUAAGACUAAGGAAUUAGAAAAAACAGUGGACUCUUUAAGAGUAGAAUUAGCGAAUACUAAGCAACACUUACUGGAUACUGAGACUAAUUAUAACCAAGAAUUAAAAAAUGCCAGGUCUAACUCCGAAGGUCUUAAGAAUGAAUUUGUGCAGAACGAAAAAAUGAAUAAAGCUUCCAAAGAAAUAGCGAUUGCCCACGAGAGGUAUGAUGUACUAAAGAAGGAGUCCGAAGAUAAAAUCAAGUCUCUAUUUAACGAAAAGAAGUCGUUAGAAAGUGAAUUGCAAACGUUGAAAGCAAAAAUUGAUAGUUUAGACUCAGAACAUUCGAAUAAAAAGUUUGAAGAAAAAUUGAGUAUUUUGAAAGCUCAAUUUGAAAGCGAAAAGACUGAAUUGAAAAAGACCAUCGAGAACGAAUUUGAUGUAAAGUUAAAGCAAGAGUUAGCUAAAGUUGACAGCGAUUCGCUUGAAAACCAGGCUAAACCUGAUAAAGAAGAUCAAAAUAAUAAAAAAUUGGAGGCAGCAAUUAAGGAAAAGAACGAGAUAUUAGAGAAACGCUUCCAGGAAAAGACAUCACAGUUGGAAGACGAAUUAAAAGUAAAAUUCGAACAGAAGUUGAAAGAAAAGGUUGAUGAAGAAGUUUCGAGAAGAAUUUCAUCUGGUGAAACAGACGGAGAUACGAAUCUUGUUCGAAAAGAAUUAGUAAAACAACACGAAGGAGAAAUUGCAAAGUUAAGAAACGAUUUUGAUGCUCAAUUAAGUAAGGCUAAAGAUGAUGUUAAGAACGUAACCGAAAAGAAGUUUGAAAUCAAAUUAAGAAUGUUAAACAAAAAAUUAGAUAAGUUAGAAGGAAAGAAUUUAACGGACCAAUCUGUUCUGUCUUCUACUAAAGCACCUGUUGAUGAAACCAAACUCUCUGUGUCUUCUCUUCCAGCUACGCCUACUUUAGCUCAAGACUCUUCACAACCUCCAACAACCCAAGAACUGUCUAAGUUACCGUUAGGUCACCAAUUCACAGAGUCUACUUUGACAGUACAUCGCCCUACAAUUGAUAGAACUAAUCUGUCAAACAAAGUGUUGCAAGCUCAGAAACCAAAUGUAGAAAAACUUGGACAAAAGCGUCCCAUGGUCAACAAAAGUCAAACCACAAAUAAAAGAACAAAAGAGUAA